AAAAUUGGCCCAGUGUCGAUGGCCGAGGGCAGAAGUCCGAAACCUCUCGAGUGUGGCUGCGCCGCUUCCAAGACCACGUAGGUAGGUAGCCAGCGGAAGCCUUUGGACUAUGUGGGUUUGACUAGGGCACUCUUGUUAGGGAAUUGUAGCAACAUGUUUCGAGUCUCUUCAAUCGUGGAAGCCUGAAGGCAGAUAGACAGACCGAGGCGAAGGACCCUUGAUGGACCGUGUUGGUGACUAGCUACCUAAGUUGUGAAAUUCAAGCUAUAUAUUCGGGACUCUCUCAACGUUUUCAAGUCCUUCCUCUCCAGCAUCACUCAACACAUUCACAUCUUACCAGCAACAACUGUCAACAGACAACAACAACUACAAGAACAACAACAAACACCAAUUACCUUUUACUCCAACACACACUACCAUCACAAUGCCUGCCAACACCGGCCGUUGCACUGUCUCCAUGACCAACCCGCAGUGGACUGCGUGGAACAGGGCCAACCGCAACAGCCCGCUGAACCCCCACAUGAAGAGGGUCGAGUGCGGCUGCCGCGGUUUCCGGGCUAGGGUCGCCGCCCAGCCCGAGGGGAAGUGCUCAUGCGGCCACGACAACAGGCUUCACUGCCGUUAAA